GGCACAGACGGCCAUGGCGCGUCCGACCCCCUUGCUGACUCUGGGCUUGGCCCUGGUCGCGCUCUGCCUUCUGGCGCUGGCCCGCGACGCCCGGGCCCGGCCGCCGGAGCACAAGGUCGGAGAGAUCCAGAACCUGUCGCUCGAUGACCCGCAGGUGAAGAAGGCGGCGCAGGCGGCCGUGGCCAGCUACAACAUGGGCAGCAACAGCCUCUACUACUUCCGAGACACGCACGUCAUCUCGGCGCACAGACAGCUGGUGGCUGGCAUCAAGUACUAUUUGACGGUGGACAUGGGGAGCACAGACUGCCGCAAGAACAGGGUUGCUGGAGACGUCGACCUCACCACCUGCCCCUUGGCCGCAGGAUCGCAGCAGGAGAACCUGCGUUGUGACUUUGAGAUACUAGUGGUUCCCUGGGAGAAUUCCACUCAGCUUCUAAAGCACAACUGUGUGCAGAUGUGAUGAGCCCCUGAAGGUGGGGCCAUUGAGAUUGGGACCACGGUGGAGGGCACUUCAGGUCCAUGGGCCACAUCUGUCGCAAUAAACCACCAGCACUGCUUCUUGCA